AUGGUCUCAAGGGCUGAAUAUUCUUAUACCUUGGUGAUCUCCAGGAAAAUGGUGAUGGAAAUUGCUCUGAAUAAGUCGUUAUGGCAUUGCUUCGUUAUUUUUAUUUUUAUUUUUGUGCAUAAAGUGACAUUGUACAAGAAGUUUUACAUGAUUUACAGCUUCUUUGUGCGGAAGAUCAUCGCUCACAUGUUCAUUUUCUUUUUUUACUAUGUGGUUUUACCAUUGACGAUCCUUGUGCCCAAAGUGUAUUUCCCAAAAUGGGGAGCCAUUUAUAGCCCUUGCAUCAUAAUCACAGUCAACUCGGUCGGGACUCCAAGGCAACAGAACUUGAUUAUAGAAACAGAAUUGAAUGUGAAUCAUGUUAGGGAUGAUACUUAUGGUGAUGUUGUGGCACUUAAUGAUGAGAUUGAGGAGGAAUCUCAGUCUUAUGUGGAGGCUUUGAGGAUCAAAGAGGUUCUUGAUAACCAUGAAGAUGAGCCUACGUGA